CUGUUGGGAUUAGCCUCCGCAGUCAACAAACGGACGCACAACACACACGCUCUCCAAUGGCCACAGCCUGCACACACCAGGGCUCCAACAGUGUUUAGUUUUUAGACUUGUGUGACACACACAAACACACCAGGGACCCCCCAUCUGCUCACCAUGGCAUCCCUAGAUGAAGAGCUGACCUGCUCUGUGUGCCGAGACUUCUUCAGCCAAGCUCACCCCCUGCCCUGUGGUCAUAGCUUCUGCCCGGCCUGCAUCCGCGAGGCCUGGAGCGUCCAGGAUGAGGGCAAGAGUCGCUUUACCUGCCCCCAGUGUCAGGAGGAGCAUGGAGAAGUGCUGUGUGACUGCUGCCCACCCGAGGCAUCAGAGGGGCAGCCGGCGUUGGCUGUCAAGACCUGCCUGAGAUGUGAAGUGUCGCUUUGUGCCGAACACCUUCAACCCCAUCUGGAGAGACCUGCGUUCAGCACCCACCUGUUGGUGGAUCCACUUGGGGACCUCUCCCAGCGAAGGUGCCCAACACACACAGAGAUACUGCGCUACUACUGUGCUGACGAGAGGGUGUACGUGUGUGGUGACUGUCUGCUGGAUGGAGGGCAUGCUCAGCACAAAGUGAAAGCCCUGAAACAAGUAGAAGAGGAUCUGAAGGUCAGCUGGACAACCAUGUGACUCUCUGAAGCAGGAUGAAACCCAGGUGGAGCGGCUGGGCUCAGACCUGCAGGUCCAGGUGAGGAAGCUGGUGACUGAUCUAAAGGAGAUCACCAAGAG